UAACACACACAAAUCGUAAAAUUCGCUCCACCACCAUCCCCUUCUCUGUGACCCGCGAUCUCCCCAAAGUCUUCCUCCGCCCUUCCCCUCCUCCUGCCACCACGUAUCAAAAUGACGAAACUACCCUUCCUCCUCCCGCUUCUCAUCCUCAUCUUCCUCCUCGGUCCCUCUGCAGCCGAGAUCAAGUCCCUCAAGAUCAACUCCGAUCCCCGGGCCAUGAUCCUGUUCGAGCGAUUCGGCUUCACACACACUGGCCAUGCCAACAUUUCCGUUUCUUCCGUCUCCGUAAUCUCCUCUGUCGCCUCGCCGGACCCCUCCCGCCUCGGUUUUUUCCUCCUAUCAGAGGAAUCCCUCAUCCAAGUGCUCUAUGAGCUCCAGCAGAACCCUUCUUUUUGCGUCCUCGGUUCGAAAUACGUCGACCUUUUAUUUACUUUUAGGGACCUCUCCCCUCCUCCCCGCUCCUCAUUCACCCAUUCUUCUCCGAUUUCCUCCCCGAAUGAAUACUCCCUUUUCUUUGCCAAUUGUGCCCCUGAAUCCACGGUUUCAAUGGAUGUCAUGACCGAGCUUUAUAAUCUUGAUGAUCGUGGCCGCGUCAAGGAUUAUUUAUCUGCUGGACUUACCCAGUUGCCCACCUUAUAUUCAUUCUUUUCGAUUCUUUAUUUUGUUUUCUUCUGGUUCUGGGGUUCCCUUUGCUUUAAAAAUAGGAUGUCUGUGCACAGAAUCCAUGCCCUGAUGGGCCUUUUGGUAAUUAUAAAGGCAUUGAAUUUACUUUGUGCUGCUGAGGAUAAGCAUUAUGUGAAGGUUACAGGCACCCCUCAUGGAUGGGAUGUGUUGUUUUACAUUUUUCAGUUUAUUAGGGUGAUAUUGUUGUUUACGGUGAUCAUUUUGAUCGGUACUGGGUGGUCGUUCUUGAAGCCCUUCUUGCAGGAAAGGGAGAAAAAAGUGUUGAUGAUCGUGAUCCCGUUGCAGGUGUUGGCAAAUGUGGCUUCCAUUGUGAUUGGGGAAACUGGGCCGUUUAUUAAGGAUUGGGUGACCUGGAAUCAGCUUUUCCUGUUGGUGGAUAUUAUUUGUUGCUGCGCAAUUCUUUUCCCCACUGUGUGGUCUAUUAGAUCGUUGAGGGAAACGUCAAAGACCGACGGGAAGGCUGCGAGGAAUCUGAUUAAAUUGACCCUUUUUAGGCAGUUUUAUAUUGUGGUUAUUGGGUACUUGUACUUCACGAGGAUCGUGGUGUUUGCGCUCAGGACCAUUGCUGCUUAUAAGUACCAAUGGGUGUCUAAUGCAGCUGAGGAGAUUGCAAGUCUUGCAUUUUAUGCUGUAAUAUUCUACAUGUUUAGGCCGAUGGAGAAGAACGAGUAUUUUGCACUUGAUGAGGAAGAGGAACAGGCAGCAGAGAUGGCUCUUCGCGAGGAAGAUUUUGAGCUGUGAUUGGAUCUAAAUGCUGUUAGUUUAUUCUAACUGGAUCUCCUUUUUGCUAUUACACCGCCACAUUUAUUCAUUGAGAGUUGUUUAGCAAAGUUUAUAUAGGUUUGAUAGAAAAUAUCCCUAUCUGCGGGCUGUCUUGACCUUUUCUUUUCCUUUGAUUUUGUCUUCAUUGACUUUGGAUUUUACAUCUGAUAGUGACAUUUAAUUUUGGAUAGUGGAAGUAUUUUGUAUUUUGCAAGGCUUCAUAUGUAUUCCCUUGUUAUUUGUCUUUGAAGAUCAUUACUUCUGUUCAGAAUCUUUGCAUCUAUAUCGAUUUCUCAGGCCUUUCGUCA